CAGUGAAAAGGUAAACAAGCACGUCUUGUGUCGUUCGCCUGCAGUUUUUCGGUCGAUUUAGGCAAAUCCAGCCAGUAAUAUUGAUUGACGCUGCUCUAAAGUGAUUGUGCCUCGAAACGAGGCUGUCACCCGUGGUUACUUCUCUCUCAGACGUAUAUCAAAUUUAAUCAACUCUAACAGGCGUACUCAAAUAUUCGGCAAGAACCAUCCAUCUUCACUCACUUCAAUCUAAAAAUGGAGAAGCCAAAGAUAGUUUUCGGAAAAAUAAAACUAAAUUUGUCGAGCAGCACAGAAACAAAAGGGGAAUCAGUUCCAAGUGAAGUUAGCAGUGAAGCUUCAGGUUUCAAAAAGUUUGGAAAUCCCAAGGAAUUAGAUAAGAAAAUCGAGGAGCAGGUCGAAAAGACAAAUAACGACAACACGGAAACUAAAACGAGUACAGGUGGCUUUAAUCGAAGCGCAAAAGUUUUCGAUAUCAAUGAUCAAAUUGCGAAGGCAAUGGAGCAUUCAAAAGCAAAGAUACAAGAACGGGAAGCUAUGGAUGAAGAAGACGAGGAACUCAUUGGGCCCCUACCAAACCUCGCUGUUCAAAAAAAUCACAACAGGGAGAGUAACGAAAAUUCUUCAGAUGAAAGUGACGGAAACAGCGAUGAUGAAAGCGACGAAGAUACGGAAGGAAAUAUUCCUGUAACAGAUCACGCUACCAUGCAACAUGGUAAUAAGGCUGUUCUGGCAUUGGCUUGUGAUCCAUCCGGUGCGAGACUUGUGUCCGGUUCAAUGAAUUAUGAGCUGCGCUUUUGGGACUUUGCCGGCAUGGACUCAACAAUGAGAAGUUUCCGAACGAUUCAUCCAUGUGAAAAUUACCCCAUAAGAGGUUUGCACUACUCCGUCACGGGCGACAGCAUCUUGGUCAUAUCUGGCAAUUCUCAGGCGAAAAUCCUUGAUCGAGACGGUUUCGAGAAAACGGAAUGCAUAAAAGGCGAUCAAUACAUUGCAGACAUGUCCAAAACUAAAGGUCAUACGGCACAACUAACAAGUGGAUGUUGGCAUCCAUUUGAGAAAGAAGAAUUUCUCACAAGUUCUUUGGAUUCUACCCUUCGCAUCUGGAACGUAUUCAAUGCAAAACAGCAGCAACGGGUCGUGAUUAAAACGCGAGCGCAAGGUGGAUUGAAAACGUCACCUACAUCAUGUGCAUAUAAUCGAGAGGCAACAUUAGUAGCAGCCGGUUGUCUCGAUGGAUCUUUACAAAUGUGGGAUACCCGCAAAGCUUUUGUAAAUACAGCGCAUUUAGUACGGAAUGCUCAUCGUAAAAACUGUGAAAUCUCGUGUGUGACUUUUUCAUAUUGUGGAAACCAUGUUGGAACACGAUCGUGUGACGAAACAAUGAAGCUUUGGGACCUUCGAUCGAUAAGAGAACCUCUCAACGUUUGGGACAACUUAGCCAUACGAUAUGACACUACAGACUGCUGUUUCAGCCCCGACGACAGUCUACUGGUGACCGGCGAUUCAGCUUAUGUUCAUCCAAAAACAUCUAACCUGCAUUUCUACGAUGUAAAAACCUUCCAGUUAGUAAAAACUGUUCCCAUAACAGAUUCUCACGUUAUCAAAACCUUGUGGCAUCCAAAACUAAAUCAGAUUUUUGUCAGCUGCGGUAAUGGCGUUAUCAACUGCUACUACGACGAAAAGAGAAGUUCACGUGGUGUGAAACUCAGUGUGGCCAAAACAUAUCGUAGAAAGAAGCAAUCCGAAGUCGUGGGCGUCUCUCAAAUCAUCACACCCCAUGCUUUGCCCAUGUUCAGACAAGAGAAAUCUAAAUCAAGUCGAAAGAAAAUUGAAAAAGAACGGAUGGAUCCUGUCAAGUCUAGGCGACCGGAUCUUCCAAUCACAAGUGGACAAGGUGGACGUGUGGCAUCCUCGGGUGGAACAUUGAGUUCUUAUGUUAUUCGAAAUCUGGGUCUUAGCAAGCGCGUCGAUGAUGAUCAGGAUCCAAGAGAAGCCAUUCUAAAAUAUGCGAAAGAUGCCGAGGAAAAUCCAUACUGGAUUGCGCCUGCAUAUGCGAAGACACAACCCAAGGCGAUUUUCAAUGUGGAAGAUGAACCGGAGGCUAAGAAGCUGAAGGAAUCAUAAACGAUGUUAUCAUUUAAUCGAAUUGACAAAAUAAAAUAUUGUAAACAAUU